CCGCGCCCGCUCAGCCGGGAGGCAGCGCGCCUGCCGGUCCCGUGCCGCGCCGCCCCUCCCCAACACUCCCCAUCCUUAAAGCUCGAGCGCCGGCGCCCCGCCUGUUGGAGUGGGCGCCGGGAUCCGGGCGGUGAGCUGCGGGGCGGGCCGGGCCGGCGGAGAGAGUCCGAGGAGUGUCGGCCCGACCGGGAGGCUGCGGCGCUGUGGGGGAGGGUCCGGCGCCAUAGCUGCCUUCCGAGCGCCGCCCGUCCCGUUCGCCCUCGGCGGCUGCCCGGUCGGGACUAGUGCGUGAGUCGGCGCGCCGCCCGCCGCCCGGGCCGCGACCAUGUUCGACCGGACGCGGCUGCCGUACGUGGUCCUGGAUAUGCUGUGCGUGCUGCUGGCUUCCAUGCCUAUGGCUGUUCUAAAUUUGGGCCAAAUAUAUCCAUUUCAGAGAGGCUUUUUCUGUAAUGACAACAGCAUCCAGUACCCGUUCCAUGACAGUACCGUCACGUCCGCUAUCCUCACCGUGGUGGGGCUUGGUUUACCCAUUUUCUCUAUGGUGGUUGGCGAAGCCGUGUCUGUUUACUGUAACCUCUUGCACUCGAAUUCCUUUAUCAGGAAUAACUAUGUAGCCACUAUUUACAAAGCCAUCGGGACGUUCCUCUUUGGUGCGGCCGCGAGUCAGUCCCUGACCGACAUCGCCAAGUACUCCAUCGGCCGGCUGCGGCCUCACUUCCUGGACGUCUGCGACCCGGACUGGUCGAAAAUCAACUGCAGCGAAGGUUACAUCGAAAACUACGUGUGUCGGGGGAAUGAGCAGAAAGUGAAGGAAGGCAGGUUGUCCUUCUACUCGGGCCACUCCUCGUUCUCCAUGUACAGCCUGCUGUUCGUGGCGCUCUACCUCCAGGCCAGGAUGAAGGCGGACUGGGCGCGGCUGCUGCGCCCCACGCUGCAGUUCGGCCUCGUCGCCACGUCCGUCUACGUGGGCCUCUCGCGCGUGUCCGACUACAAACACCACUGGAGCGAUGUGCUGACCGGACUCAUCCAGGGCGCGCUGGUGGCCGUGUUGGUCGUUGUGUACGUGUCAGACUUCUUCAAGGAGAGAGAUUCUGCUUUAAGGCAAAGGAAAGAGGAGGAUUCGCACACAACCCUGCAUGAAACGCCCCCUGCGGGGAAUCACUACGGGAACACUCACCAGCCCUGAGGGGCGCGCCUGCUCCCUAAGCCCCCGCCCCGGGCGCGAGGGGGCGUCCCUGUCGCGGGGGAGCCCGUGGGGGUGCUGCUGCUACACCUGACGCUCACUUCACCUGUGUGUAUAUAGCCACCUAACAACAGUUCCCUCAUCGCUCCGAGUUCAUGAAGAAAUUGCAAGCCUUUCACUAAAAUGAUGCCCACCUGUACAUUUUUAUUAAAAAAUGUAACGCUUAUGUACAAA